UUUAGUACUGUAUAAUAUAUAGGUCCACCUUUUCUCUUCCUCCGGCUCUUCUCAUCUCCCUCUACGCUGCUCCACCGGCGAGACCAGCGGCGCACUCUCCCCUCUCAUCUCUUCUCCUCUCUCAGCCGCUGCACUGCCCAGAAUCGUCUGGAAAUUCCACCGCCGCCGUCCGUCGAUGGCCGGUGGACCACCGAACUACCAAAAGAAAUCUCUUCUCCCAAACCACUAAAGAGAUCGCCGCCUUUCUCUCCAUCUCUUCCUCCUCUUCUCUCCCUCCGCCUUUUCUCUGUCAUCUCCAUCUCUGAGACAGCGGCUGCUCCACUGCCGUCUCCGUCGGCGAGACCACCGCUUCUGUUUGAUGUCCCCAGAGGUGAGCCGCGUGAACAACGCCCCACAGUGACGACGUCAACCACCGUGGUGAAGUCCAAAUCGAUCAGGAAUUUCGAGAUUUCCAUAGCUUCUGUUUGCAUCUGGUUAUGACUACUCUAUCAUCGCCAAAUAAUUCAACUGUUUCACCUUCUCGAGGGACAAUUUCGCCAGCAGCCUUUGGGACAUAUGAAUCUCCCAUGCCUGGGGCCUCUCAUUCUGGCCAUUCUGAAAUGGAGAUCAGUGACAAUGAUGAAACAGAGCUACACUCUGUAUCAUGGAAUCAGGAUUACAGUUGCUUUGCUGCUGGCACAAGUCGUGGCUUUCGUGUAUAUAACUGUGAUCCUUUCAAAGAGACUUUCAGACGUGAUCUGAAAAGUGGUGGAUUUGGAAUAGUGGAGAUGCUGUUCCGAUGCAAUAUUUUAGCACUUGUGGGUGCUAAGGCUAACACUCAAUACCCACCUAAUAAAGUUAUUAUAUGGGAUGAUCAUCAGAGCCGGUGCAUAGGUGAAUUUUCAUUUAGGUCUGAGGUUCGUGCAGUGAAACUAAGACGGGAUUGUAUUGUUGUAGUUCUUGAGCACAAGAUAUAUGUCUACAACUUUAUGGAUCUGAAGCUUCUUCAUCAGAUAGAGACUGUGGCCAAUCCUAGGGGACUUUGCUGCCUCUCACACCAGUUAAAUACGUCUGUAUUGGCUUGCCCUGGCCUUCGAAGAGGACAAAUCCGGGUUGAACAUUUUGGCCUGAAUAUGACAAAGUUAAUCAAGGCACAUGAUUCUCAGAUAGCAUGCUUAACCUUAACUAUUGAUGGGCUUCUUCUUGCAACAGCUAGCACUCGGGGAACUUUGAUAAGACUCUUCAACACCAUGGACGGGACUCAGUUGCAAGAGGUGCGUAGAGGGGUUGACAGAGCGGAUAUCUGUUGUAUUGCUUUAUCACCAAAUGCUCAGUGGUUGGUCGUCUCGAGCGACAAAGGUACCAUCCAUGUAUACAGCCUAAGAGUACGUGUUGUUGGGGAGGAUGCUGCAGCUGAUGCUGCUGUUAGAACUCCAACAUUGUUGUGUCAAAAUUCAUCAGCUUCCCUUGAUGCACUUAUUUCUCCUAGUACUGGAGCCAACCCUGGUUCAUCAUUGUCUUUCAUGAAAGGAGUUUUGCCAAAAUACUUUAGCUCUGAAUGGUCAUUUGCUCAAUUUCACUUGCCAGAAUGUACCCAGUACAUUGCUGCGUUUGGUUCUCAGAACACCAUUGUUACUGCUGGCACUGAUGGAAGUUUCUACAGGUGCAGCUUCGAUCCUGUGAAUGGAGGAGAAAUGGUUCAGCAGGAAUAUGUCCGCUUUCUGAAAACAGAAAGUAGGCCGAGAUAGAUCUGUUUAGAAAGUAGUUUGCUUGUAAAUAAAUCUGAGGUUUCACUCUAUUGUGAAAAGGUGUAUAUAAUGGCUCUUGUGGCUCUAUAUAAGUUCAGAUUAUCUGCUGUGUUUUUUAAUACUGAUGUACUUUAUUCUGUACUAUUACAUGGAGCUGCUGCUUCAUCACUGUAUAUUUGUGAUUGGUUUCCCGUUACUGGAUAUCUCUUA